AUGCCUGAUCUGGAUUCACAGAGAAACUCCCUGGAUACGGAGAUGGAGCUCUUGAAUUACAUACAGGCUCCGACAAUUGGAUUCUACUAUCUCGGAGCCAGCGCAUCCGCCCUGCUCAUCCUACGUAAUCCACAGCCAGUAUCUCACAGACGGCGGCGAGGCAUAUUAACAUGCGUGCUGACCUUACUCUUCGCAUAUAUUUCAGAGGUGCUCUACUACUUCAGUCAGUCAAUUACAGAGUUAGAUUAUUGGGCUCCCAAGCCAUCCGCGAUCCAUUGCUUGGGCUCGAUACUAGUCUGGGCUCCCCUUUCCUUCGCACUAUGGAGCGGUAACUCACUACAAUGUUCAAUUUUCUUCGGUGCUUUCGUCUUGCAAUUCGCCUUCGAGACAACCACUUGCUUGAUGAGCGCAUUCUCCACGAAAAUGCAUGAUCGACAAAAGGACGUCCCACUUGUUAUCAGCUGUAUCCGGGCUCUUGCUUCCCUGCUCUUAUUACUAGAUGGAUUCUCCAUCCUCAUUACAAAGCAUGUGGAGUCCAGCACGGACGAGGAAUGCCACUCAUUAUUGGGGAAUUGUGCAGCGACACAGAAUGGCUAUGGCGCUAUCCCACAAGAACCUGUCAGUGAAAAUGAGCCAGAAGUAAGAGAUCCCAAUAAAGAGCUCAAAGAGCAGCAAGCAAAGCGCCUUGAAGGAGAGGGAGGCUGGCUGGGGUAUCUGAAAGGAUUCAUGGUUUUUCUACCAUAUUUGUUUCCUACAGAUGACUGGAAGGUCAUGGGGUGUCUCGCUAUCCGGCUUCUGCACUUGAUUCAGAAGCGCUUCCUGAACUUGCUUACCCCUCGCCAACUUGGUAUCAUCACCAACAAGAUUGGAAAGGGUGAUGGCGUCAUGCCUUGGAAAGAUAUAGGGCUAUGGGUGUUGUUCUUGUACAUCAACAGCUAUGCUGGAUCGGGCAUAAUUGAUGGAAUUGCGAACAUGGUCAUUUCGAAUUCAGCAUACCGUCGGAUUACUCUAUUGGCGUACAAGCACGUCCUGGACCAAUCAAUGGACUUCCACACUUCCAAGGAUUCCGGAGAGGUGCUGAAAGCGGUAGAGCAAGCUGUAUCACUCAACACGCUCAUUAAUAUGGUGUUGUUCAAUGUCUGUCCUAUCUUUCUUGACGUUGCUGUUUCGAUGUACUACGUUACACAUCUUUUCGACGCUUACAUGGCAUUCAUCAUCCUCUUUAUGGGCGCAACCUACAUCGCUCUUGGAUGGUACUUCACAGGGCUAUCCCAACCGAAGCGACGGGACUACGUUGAGAAGCAACGAACGGAGAGCUCAACGGUCAACGAAACGGUGCACAAUUGGCAAACAGUUGCCUACUUCAACCGCCUCACUUUUGAGCACCAACGCUAUGCAGCGAACAUUGUUAACACGAUCAACGCGCAAUACUCAUACAACUCCAUAUCUAUGGGUGGAAAUGCAGUUCAGGAAUUGCUCAGGACUUUUGGUUUCGCGGCAUGCUGCAUCUUUGGUAUCUCACAGAUUGUGACUGGUCAAAAACCAGUGGGCAAUCUACUGACGCUCAUCAUGUACUGGCAGACGAUGACACAACCAAUCUAUGUGCUCUCAAAUAGCUACCACCAUAUCUCAAGCUCUCUUAUCAACGCUGAGCGACUGCUACAGCUUCUUAACACUAAACCAACAGUCGCAGAUCAAGAAGGAUCAGAGGGUAUUGUUAUCCAUAGGGGCGAUGUUGAGCUCUAUAACGUCAACUUCCACUACGACGAGCGCAAGCCCAUCAUCAAGGAUGUGAGUCUCAAAGUUAGAGGGGGCCAAACCAUCGCCUUCGUUGGCGAGACCGGCGGCGGCAAGUCAACUAUACUCAAGCUCCUCUUUCGCCUCUACGACGUAAUCGACGGCUCCAUCAUGAUUGACGGUCAAGACCUCCGCUCUGUGACGCAAUCUAGUCUCUGUGACUCUCUCGGCAUCGUUCCUCAAGAUCCUGUCCUUUUUAACCAAACCAUCCGCGAGAAUAUCCGCUACGCCAAACUAGAAGCCACCGACGCUGAAAUCGAAGACGCCUGUCGCGCCGCCGCCAUCCACGACGACAUCGUUGGUUUCCCUGACAGCUACAACUCCAAAGUUGGUGAGCGUGGUGUCCGUCUCUCAGGCGGGCAACUGCAACGCAUAGCUAUUGCUCGAGUGUUCCUCAAGAAUCCGAAAAUCAUACUGUUAGAUGAGGCCACAUCAGCCAUCGACACUGUAAUCGAAGCCCGGAUCCAAGAAAUCUUCCGCAUACUCUCUCGAGACCGCACCACCUUCAUCAUCGCGCAUCGUCUCAGCACAGUUGUGAACGCGGAUCAGAUCAUUGUGAUUGAGCAGGGAAGGAUUAUCGAGAGCGGUAGUCAUCAUGAGUUGUUAGAGGUCAAGGGGAAGUAUAGUGAGUUGUGGACUAAGCAGACAGCUGUAAGUCCAGGUUUGAAGAACACGAGUUCGGCAUUUUCGGCUGAUGGAGAAGACACAACGCAUAGACUAGUCGAUGUUUCGCUUGUCAAAGGGGGUAAGACGAAUGCCUCUGGAACAGACGUGAGUAGUGACGCUUGA